AUGGAUUCUGAUGUGUUGUUUCCAAAAACCAUAGAAACUCCAAAGGAAAAUGAUUUCCAAGCUCUCUUUUGGUUAGAAAAUUUGAAACAUCAUCCAGUGAAGUCUUUCGCUCAAGCUAUGAAAGGGGUUUACGAUAUUCCCCAAUCGCAACUGCCUCAACCAAUUAUCAAAGGGGACCGUCCCUCUAUCACUAUCCCAGAGAAAGAAUAUAAAGUUGGGCUCGAUAAAUGUAAGAAUAAUCUUCAUGGAAGAAUGUUGUGGCCAAAGGGAUCUUCACCGCUCACGGUAGUUGUGCUAAGGGAUAAACUUUAUCGCAUUUGGCCAGAUGUGAAGAACUGGGGGUGUCCAAUCGUUGGGAAAAGAGAAGAUUUCGUGUUUUUCUCCGAUAUUGAGUAUGAAAAUCUUUCUGAGUUAAGCAGUCAUUGCAGGAAAAUUGGAAGUGUGGUGUAA